GGCAACGCCACGUAAGUGUGUGAUUAUGCAUCGGAGGAUACAACCACACGAGGGCAGCGGAAUUAUCGACUCCGACCACAACCUCUUCUUAUUACGCAUUUUCUUUUCCCUAUUAAUUUAAGCACUAUCCUAUCUUUCAAAAAAAAGAAAAAGAAAAGUCCUCUCCGCCGCAUCGGAGUUGCAGCCCCCAUCCCCCCCAACCGAACCUCACGCGCCCUCUAGUCCCUUCCCUUUCCUCUACCCUAAAUUCCACCAAUUAUAAUCUUUUUAAUCUUUAUCUAUCUCUCUCGUUUUCGUCAUUGGUAGAGAGAGAGAGAGCUUAAGAGAAACAGAAAAUUUGACUAAAUCUUUUGAUGUUUUUAUUUUUAUUUUAUUCCAUAUCUUCUUUUCUGUAGGGACGGUUUGUUGGAAACCCUAAGUUUGGUUAGGUUGGCUGUAAAUUGGAGACAGAGGAGUAGUUAGAGAACCGAUAUUUGUAGGGAUGGCCGCCGCGAAUGGGCAGGGAAUUGAGCCUGCGGUACUUGAUGACAUAAUCAACCGGUUGUUGGAGUUCCGGCACGCGCGGACGUUGCGCCAAGUCCAGCUCUCCGAGGCGGAGAUCCGGUCGCUCUGCAACGCUGCCCGGGAAAUCUUCCUUCAACAGCCUAAUCUCUUGGAGCUUGAAGCACCAAUCAAGAUCUGCGGUGACAUUCAUGGGCAAUAUGACGAUCUCUUGAGACUAUUUGAAUAUGGAGGAUUUCCUCCUGAGGCCAAUUAUUUAUUUCUUGGGGAUUAUGUGGACCGAGGAAAACAGAGCCUGGAGACCAUCUGCCUUCUGCUUGCAUACAAAAUAAAAUAUCCUGAGAAUUUCUUCCUUUUACGAGGAAAUCAUGAGUGUGCUUCAAUUAACCGAAUAUAUGGGUUCUAUGAUGAAUGUAAACGACGGUUCAAUGUUAGACUUUGGAAAACCUUCACUGAAUGUUUCAAUUGUCUUCCUGUAGCUGCCCUAAUAGAUGACAAAAUACUCUGCAUGCAUGGCGGUCUUUCUCCAGAUUUAACAAACUUGGAUCAAAUAAGAAACUUGUCUCGUCCAACUGAUGUUCCAGACUCUGGCUUGCUUUGUGAUUUACUGUGGUCAGAUCCUUGUAGAGAAAUUAAAGGUUGGGGAAUGAAUGACAGGGGAGUUUCAUUCACUUUUGGUCCUGAUAAGGUGGCAGAAUUCUUGAUGCAGAAUGAUAUGGACCUCGUUUGUCGUGCCCAUCAAGUUGUGGAAGAUGGAUAUGAAUUUUUUGCUGAUAGGCAGCUGGUUACAAUAUUUUCCGCUCCGAACUAUUGUGGUGAAUUUGACAAUGCUGGAGCUAUGAUGAGUGUAGAUGAAAGUUUGAUGUGCUCCUUUCAGAUUCUGAAGCCAACUAAUAAAAAGCCUAGGUUCUUAUAAAUCAAAAUUUGAUUAUUGCUGAUUCAGGUUCUUCUAGAAUGCUAAGGAUUCUGCCCCAAACCUCGAUCUAAAGUCUCCUUCAUCCUCGGCUUCGCAGAAGUUGAGCACGUAGCGGUGUCAUUCUGGUAUCCACUCGCAGGGCAUUAGACGUUCGUUGUGUUUUGGCAUAGAAUAUUGAAGACCAGUUUAGUUUGGAGGCAAUUGUUCUCCAGACUGGCCAGAAGUGCCAGAAAUUUUUCUUUGCUUCUUUUAACCUUGUUGAAUCUUCUCCUGCAAUUUAUGAUUUGACCCUGUAAAUACAUUGGUUUUGUAAAUUGCGCUGGAAUUCUGGAUUACUGAGUAUUGGCGAUACGUUGAAGAUUUGCAUCCA